AUGUCCAAUACCGUUGCAGCUGCCGAGGAAGAAGGCGUGUACACGCCUUACGACCAAUUCUUCCUCUUCGGCGACUCCAUUACCGAGUAUUCCAAUGCCCAGGACAUGGGAUUCGGGUUUCACCCAGCGUUGCAGAAUGCCUACGCCCGCCGCCUGGACGUGGUGAACCGUGGAUUAGCCGGAUACAACACUCUCCACGCCCUCAAAGCCUUCCCCAAGUGCUUUCCUACCCCCGAGCGCGCUAACGUCCGACUCAUGACCAUCUGGCUCGGCGCCAACGACGCCAGUCUCCCCGGUUUCGAGCAGCACGUCCCCAUUGAGACCUACAAGCAGAACCUCAGAAACAUCAUCCAGCACCCCCUCACAAAGGCCCAGAACCCCCGCAUCAUGAUCAUCACUCCUCCCCCCAUCAACGAGUACCAAUUGGCCGGGUUUGACGCUAUGAAGGGGAACCCCCAUCCGACUCGGACCAACGCGCACACCAGGACGUACGGUCAGGCUGCGCGCGAAGUUGCUGCAGAAUUUGGUCUCCCCGUUGCGGAUGUCUGGAGCGCGUUCAUGUCGUCUGUUGGGUGGAAGGAGGGUCAGCCGCUGGUUGGGUCGAGGGAUUUGCCUGAGAAUGCCAAGUUUGCUAGUCUGUUUACGGAUGGCUUGCAUUUGGCUGCGAAUGGGUAUCGCAUUGUGUUUGAGGAGGUUAUGAAGACUAUUCAGGAGAGCUGGCCCGAUCAGGUGCCAGAGAACCUUCCUUAUGUGUUCCCUCCUUGGGCGUUGGCGCCGAAAUAG